UGCCGGAUACUUGGGGGACUAAGUCGACAGGCGCACGAGCAGCGAUGCCGAGUAUUCAAGGCUUCAAUACCUUGAGGGCAAGAUCAUACAUCUUUCGCUUACCUUUGUUUACCCGUGCCAUCCUACUGGGAAUAGCAUGUUUCUGGCUGGCUAGCUUGCCCGGUUACUGGGAUGUGAGACUCUGGGGUUCUCUCAUCCCGGACAAGAUCUCCUUUGCAACUGGAUACCGGCUGAAUACAUUCCCUCUUAUCCAUCUCAACUUCCUCCAUGCAAUCCUCAAUGCGGUUGCGUUGACGCCGUUGAUGGAACGAUUCGAAAGCGAAUAUGGAACCCUGACGACCUUGGCGCUCUUCUUUGGACCUCUGACUACGAUUCCUGCCGUUUUGUAUCUCUUCAUUGAGAUUGCCAUCCUCCGAGCCAACCAUGCUGUUAUGGGCGCCAGCAUCUGGGUGUUCUUGCUGUUAGGCAUGGAAGCGAUCCGAACGUAUAAAUCGAACCCAUAUUUGGUUAUUGGGACAUAUCACCUCCCUACCUGGACCACGCCCUUGCUCAUGAUAGUGGUUGUUGCCGCGCUAUUGCCAAGCACCAGUUUGUUGGGCCAUCUCUGCGGUGUUGGCGUUGGAUAUAUCGCUGGCCUUGGCUACGUGAAGUUGCUCGCACCUCCGGAAUGGGCACUUCGAUGGAUCGAAUCUCGCUUGAAUCUCCUUGCCAUAUUGCCGCACUAUGUCAGUGUUGAUCAAAAGACGUAUGGGAGAUUUGGCGUUUUGCCCACUACCAAUCGCCCUGUAGGGAGCGCACCGACGGAGCUGGUGGGAGUGAAUGCUUAAUAUGUGAGGGGUUUCAUAUGACGGGGACCAUUUGGAUGCGUAUCACACAAUGUUGACAUUCAAUUACUUCGCAAAUCGAUCGUCAGCUAGCAAAAAGGAGUAUUGUUACGGGUAAAGCAUGGAGCAGCAAGCAAUUCACAGCUCGGGCGUUAAUUAUACAUAUAUUUCGCCAUGACGGAGAACUUGAUGCCAUAGCGGACAUACACCGUCUGUUACGAAAUAGAAAACAUGAUUCAACUGCU